CGGGGACCCAGCACGGUCAGCGGAGGCAGCAGCGGGCAGCUUGCGGUGGCCGAGCCUGAGAGAGCGCAGCCCGGGACCCCGUCGUGACUGUGCUUGUGCGAGUGACGGUGCGGGACGCGAUGACCCUGAACAGCGGCGGCGGCGCGGCGUGCGGGAGCCGCGGCGUGCGGGAGCGUGAGCGCCGUCGGGGCAGCACGCCCUGGGGCCCGGCGGCCGCGCUGCACCGCCGCAGCAUGCCCGUGGACGAGCGCGACCUGCAGGCGGCCCUGGCCCCCGGCGCGCUGGCCGCGGCUGGGGCUGCCACAGGGGCUCCGCGACCCGCUCUCGACUGGCCCGAAGGCUCCUCCGACUCGCUCAGCUCCGGGGACAGCGACGAGAGCGUUUACAAGGUGCUGCUGCUGGGAGCGCCAGGCGUGGGCAAGAGCGCCCUGGCGCGCAUCUUCGGGGGCGUGGAGGACGGGCCUGAAGCCGAGGCUGCAGGGCACACGUAUGAUCGUUCGGUGCUGGUAGACGGAGAAGAGACGUCUCUCAUGGUGUAUGACAUUUGGGAUCAGGAUGGUGGCCACUGGCUCCCGGGUCACUGCAUGGCUAUGGGCGAUGCCUAUGUCAUCGUGUACUCUGUGACUGACAAGGGCAGCUUUGAGAAAGCGUCGGAGCUGCGGAUCCAGCUGCGGCGCGCGCGGCAGGCAGACGACGUGCCCAUCAUCCUCGUGGGCAACAAGAGUGACCUGGUGCGCUCCCGAGAGGUGUCCCUGGAUGAGGGCCGGGCCUGCGCCGUGGUGUUCGACUGUAAGUUCAUCGAGACGUCAGCCGCACUGCACCACAACGUCCAGGCACUGUUUGAGGGUGUCGUGCGUCAGAUCCGCCUGCGCAGGGACAGCAAAGAGGCCAACGCGCGCCGACAAGCAGGCUCCGGGCGGCGAGAGAGCCUGGGCAAGAAGGCCAAGCGCUUCCUGGGCCGCAUCGUAGCCCGCAACAGCCGCAAGAUGGCCUUCCGGGCCAAGUCCAAGUCCUGCCACGACCUCUCGGUGCUCUAGGGCCCGCAGCCCAGUGCUCGCUGCGAGGGGCAGAGAGACAGGCAGAUGGGUGGGCCGGCCCAGCCAACCGCCCCAGGUGCCCCAGGCGGACUCAAAACUUUGGGCAUCCUUUGGUUUCACGGUCAUGGACAGACAGUGCUGCCCCGGGAGGCAGCACCCGGUGGCUGUCGGAGGCUGCAGCGGGAGCCCACCCCAUGGCAGGCCUGCAUGAGGGGAGCAGACUCCCUCCGUCCGUCUGUCUUUCCACCUGGAUCAUUCGUGGCCUGGGAGAAGGCCGUUCAGUGCAGUGGCUUUAUGUUUACAUGUGGAGUUUUGUAAUAAAGACUAUUUCCUGAUA